GUUUUGAUUUAUAUCCAAGAGUAAGAAAGUGGCUGUUCAAGACGAGCCGGUGGGAUGAAGCCUUGGUGCAGCAUCCGGCUUUUGUACCAUUGGCUUGCAUCAGUCAAAGCUUCAGUUCGUCUCUUAUUCCCCCUUGAGAUCGAAAGUGCCAAGAGCAUCCUUUCUCAAACCUUAUCCGCAACCCCUGCCAAGAAAUCAAUCUACACGCCGGCAAACGUCUUGUUCUAACUCUACACGUGGGCUAGCGCGAAUUUCCUCUUCCAUGAUAAAAGCGAUUUAACCACAAGCCAGUUAGAUUAAUAGGUGGAAUUUCCGCAGCAUCAUCCAGGGAUAUCCCAACCCCGCACGGAAAACGACGUGGUGCGCAGGUCGGUGGUGGACAAGGGUCGCAUUUCCGACCAUGGCUUCGGACGACCUUUAAAAGACACUAAAUCGCCAAAGGUGUGGAAGAUGUCAGUCUAGGUCUAUGUCGGUCUUCAUCGCUAAUUGACUUAUCCGCAAUGUUGGGUUUCGACAAGCUCUCUGCCGCCUGGCUCAUGGCCAUGAUGUCUGUCAAGCCAGUGACAUCGACUCUCCUUUACGCCGCUUCGCACGCCGGAACUGUCACCACUCUCGACCUCCAAACUUCGGAAUCCGGAACGAUCUUGAAGGCCAUUGCCACGAACACUGAUUGCGCGGCGAACCCCUCUUGGCUCACUCUUGAUCAGUCAAAGUCCCUGCUCUACUGUGCGGAUCGAGGUCUCACCAACCCCAAUGGCACGCUCGUUUCUUUCCAAAAGUCUGAGAAUGGGACCCUCGAGCUGCUUGGGAAGCUCCCUACCAUCAAGGGAGCUGUGAGCUCCGUUGUCUAUGGCAAGAAUGGUGGAGGUAUUGCCUUGGCUUCGUACCCGGCAUCAUCCUUUGAAGUGUUUUUCGUGGAGGACCCAAACGACAUCAAAAGACUUCAGUCUUGGACGUACACGCUGAGCCAGCCAGGACCGAAGCCGGCACAGAAUGCCCCGCACCCCCACGAGGCCAUCCUUGACCCCACGGGGCAGUACGUGCUAGUGCCGGAUUUGGGAGCGGAUUUGGUUCGGGUUUUUGCAAUCAACCAGGAAUCCUACCAACUGACGCCCCUCACCCCACUGAACGUUGCGGUUGGCAGUGGUCCCAGACACGCCAGAUUCCUCGUCACCAAGGAAAAGACCUACUUCUUUGUUCUGGCCGAGCUUGGAAACAUUGUCACCACGUACGAAGUUCACUAUGGUCGCAACAAGACCUUGAGCUUUACCGAAGUCUUCAGCGUCGGUACCCACGGCCCCGACAACACGGUGCCUGUUGGGGCUGCUGCAGCUGAGAUCCACAUCUCGCCUGACUCUGAGUAUCUCAUUGUCUCUUCACGAAAUGUCAGCACCUUCAGCAUUCCCAACUUUGACACCACCAACAGCACUGAGAUCAAGAGUGAUGCUCUUGUAACAUUCAAGAUCGACCACAAGACCGGUCACCUUGGUUUCACUCAGAUCUUCCCGUCAGGUGGCAUGAUUCCCCGCCAGUUCUCGAUCAACAAGGCUGGUACUCAAGUUGCUGUGGGUUUACAGCAGGACGGCCGGGCGGUUAUCAUUGAUCGCGAAGUGAGCACUGGUCUUCUGAAGGGGUUCGCCGCGAACAUCUCUAUCGCGGGCGAAGUUGUUUGUGUCAUCUUUGAUGAGUGA